AUGCAGCCUCAGGCAACAGCACUAACAGAGCCAAUCAUCAGGCCUCCUUCUCCUGAUUUUUCUUCACUCUCACCUGAUGAACUCAAUCAGUUAGAAAUUGUUCUUCAAAAACAAGUUCUUAUUGAAAAUGAACAAAAUCAAUGUUUAUCUGGUUUACGUCGUACAAUGGUACAUCUUCAACAAAUGAUUCAAAAUGAUUAUCAACGACAACGACAUUCUUCAUCAACUCAUUCACAUAAUUCAUCACCUACACAACAAAAUCAAAUAGUAUUAUCAUCAUCUGAUAUUGUUCAAUGUUAUAUUUGUUAUUCAAAUAUUGAAGUACAAUCAAAAGAUUUAAGUUCUUCCCCGCCUAUAUUAUGUGCUGAUUGUCAUCGACCUGUUUGUCGACGUUGUGGUAAUUAUACAUCACCAGAACUCAUUAAUAUAUCAGAAAGAAAUCAUUUUGAAAAUCAAACUCAUACAUGCAAAUGGCGUUGCCGAAUGUGUAUUGUGCGUCGUGAAGUAAUCAGGAAAUCUGGUAUGUUCUUUAGUAAAAAAAAAAUAAUUAAAAUUAUUCAAUGA